CUUGCAGUCAAUCCAAAUCACGUCGGCCCGGAACCAAAGCGGCUGCGCACGGCCUACACGCGCCAGCAGGUCCUGGAGCUCGAGAAGGAGUUCCACUUCAGUCGCUACCUCACGCGCCGCCGCCGGGUCGAGGUGGCCCACGCGCUCUGUCUGUCGGAGCGGCAGGUGAAGGUGUGGUUCCAAAACCGACGCAUGCGCUGGAAGAAAGACAACAAGCUGCCGAACACCAAAGGAAGGAGCAAAAAUAAGAAAGCGAUGGACAGCAACAAAAACAGCGACAGCAGCACCGUGAAGACGGCGAUAACAGUCUGAAAAGACGCUGUUCAGUCCGAAAACAUUUGAGCCGCUCAAAAACAUCCAUUAACACCAAGAAAUCUUGAUCUUUCUUAUUAUUCAUAAUAUUAUUAUUUUAAAGAAGCUGCACCAACUCUUAGCCCCGUAUAUGAAUAAUCAAUGAAUGUAUGAUGGCAACCUGAGCGGUUUCAGACGGCCUGUCAAAAAUUACUCCCCACCCCAGAUACAAGAGAUGUUGAGUCCUUUGGAGAAAACAGGGUUUUUAUUUUUUACAGGGUAAAAAACCAAAUAAUACAGGGUUUUUUUUUUAUAGCUACAUAGAAAUCUAAAACUGUCUAUAAUUUAUGUGCGCGUUACCAAAAUGGUCAGCAAGCCGCCGCUUAUAUAAACAAGACCAAACUGUUCAGCGGCUGCAGGACAAUUGUUGGAUAAAUGUUUUAGCAGUUUGUAGGAAAGUAGCCAUAUGUAUUAUUUGUUUGUUUGUUUGUUUUUUAAAAAUCAUAAUAAAGAAAGGGAUAAUGCGUUUUAAGGAACAAGUUAAAGACCAGCUAAAUUUUGAUGCACAUUGGUGUAAAUUCAGCUGAUUCUCUCAGGGUUACAUGCUCUCACAAAAAAAAAAGAUAAAAUAAAAUAAAAAAUCUUCCCGAAAUAUUUAAUUUGUCAAUUUCCAUUCAUUUCCCCCCAAAGAGAAAAUACUUGUUUUUCCCAUUCCAGUUUAAUACAGCUUAAAAGCCUGUAUCUAUUUUUUAAAUGUUAUUUUUAAGCGCAUUUUACUCCUUGAUUGACUAUUUCCCUUUGCUAAUUGUACGUCCAUGGUUUGAAAACAAAAUCUCAUGUUGUGGAAAAUUUUUAUAUGUGUAAAUGUUUUUUGAUAAAAUAGAUGACAAAAAAUA